AUAUAUAUAUAUGGUUGUGUUGGAAUUUUACAACUUGAAAUGUACACGUCUGCAUUUUAACAUUUAACAACCAAAAACAAAUAAGCAGAAUAGUGUCUAGCACAUUCUAUAAAAGUACAUAAUACAAUGUUAAAAGUCGUGGAAGUCAAAAUGACUGCACUAAUAUCUACAUCACUGUAACAAAUUUUGCAAAAAUGAACUGUGUUUGAAGUUAUCAAACUGGCAUGUAAAGGAUCUUCAGUUGAUUGAUUGUUCCAUUUUUUAUACUUUACAAAAUUUUUCGACAAUCAUUAUUGGUGAUUGCAAGCGAUGAGUCCUUUCGCGUUUAAUUAUUUAUUAAAAUCAUACACAGGUAUCGAUCUCAGUUGAAAAGUGUCGGGAGUAUAUAAUUGUCUUUUGAAUUUGAAUUUAUGUAAGUGGUCUCUCUUUCUCUCUCUCUUUAUUAUUUUAAUACCUACAACAUCAUGUAUGUAAUAAAAUAAUACUUGUAAAUUAACAAUCACGUUUAUUAAUUUACAACACCUAUGUCAUUCAAUUUCAUUUAUAGACCCUGUUUAAAAAGAACAUGUGUAUAGAUUUCUGGGAGUUUGCAUUAUGAUAACGUUAUGAUGGUACAUAACUUUGUACCUCAUGUGAAAGAUGGAAUGAAUCACAAUAAAAACUUUAUUUUUGAACAAUCAAUUGAUGUAAUUAUUUGAAAAUGAACAUGAUAUAAUUAUUUUUAAAAUUAUUUCUUAGAACACCGUUGAAUUAAAAAUUACAAUAAAUGAGAAAUAUAUUCUUGAAAACUUCCAACCUUUAAUUCAAUGUUUAAAAAUACAUGAUUAUUUCUUUUACCUAAUAUUUAUACAGUUUGCGAAAAAAUUACAUACACAUGUAUUGGCAACGGGAUUUUUGAAGUAAAUUCAAGUAGCGUCGUCAGAGAAAUUCGAAAAUUUACCAAUUACCCGAUGCAAACAAAAAAACGUCUCGCCUCGCGAUUUGAAUAUGGCGCGUAGAGUUUACAAAAUGGCGACGAUCGGCUUCUUUUAUUUGCAGUCCCUGCAACUAGAAACAGACCUGCACUGUGAUUGGUGGCUUCUAGCCAUCCCAACGAUGUAAUUGGCUCACAAGAAAUAUAGGCAUGCACACGUUAUUCCCGCUCUUAUGUUAUAUCACGUGGUGUAUCAGUGCUACCCUCAUAAGCAUUAUUCAUUUACCGACUCCGUCUGGAACAGAAAUUUGAUUCUUCUGCAAACAAAUAUUUCCCGAUGGCCGAACGCAGCGUAAAUUUGCGACGUUCUACCCGAUUAAAAACACCUUCGAAGCAAGCAACAGAGGAUUCUACAAAAGGAGUGCAACGGACAAGGAGAAGCCGCAAGAUUAGUUCUAGCAGUAGUGAUGGGGAACAAACUCCGGAUGAGCUGGCUAGAGAGUUGGAAGAUGAAUUGAAAAUUAUUGACGAAGAUGUACAGAAGCCAACAGAAUUAUAUACAGAAGAACAAGAUGUCAGUGGUGCCAGCAUGUAUCAUUUUCCAACAUCUUCUAAAAGUGGAGCAAUGGCUCAAAAAGCUGCCCUCAGCCGAUCAGCAGCCACUCCUCAGACACCGAAGCAUGCUGCUAAGCAAAAAAAUCUUACAGAUACUGCACAAACCCCGCACAGUGUUCGCAACAAAUUCAAGAAACAAUUGGUCUCUCUUGCUCGUAAUAUAUCUGGCGAAUCAUCCAGUGAGAGUGAAAGUGUUUCUGAAGAGAACGAAUAUGUGCCAUCAGUUGAUGAGGAAUCUGAUGAUAGCGAAGAGGGAGAAGAAGUAAAAAGUUCUGAAGGUUCGGAGAGUGAUGUAGAAGAUAACAAAAAGCAAAUCAGAAAAACACCUGCAAAGGUUGCUCCUUCACGUUUAUCAACUUCUAAACAAAAACGGAAUACACGUGUCACUUACAACGAUUACCACCUGGAAACGGAUGAUUACUUCGAAAUGCAAUCGGAAAAGGUUUUAACUUCCGAUCGAACCUUAGGAAGGCUGGUGAACCCACGAAUGGAUGAAGAAAAAUUGCAAAAAUUAUUAUCCAAGCAGAGCUUUGUUUCUAAAGAACAUAAAGAAGCCAUCAGGUCACUCUCAAGGGACUACAGAGCUUUGUUUCCAAUGUGGCACUGCAUAUUGGAAGAAGGCUACAGUCUGUUACUUCACGGUUUGGGAUCAAAAAGGAUUUUGAUAAAUGAUUUUCAUAAAGAAACUCUGUCUGAUCAUCCUACACUUGUUGUGAACGGUUUUUUCCCCAGUCUUACGUUGAAAGAGAUACUGGAUGGUAUAACAACCGAUCUUCUGGGGCUGCAGAGUCCGACGAAUCCAAACGAAUGUCUAAGCUUGAUCGAAAGUACCCUCAGAGAGAAUCCCGAGGAUCGGCUUUACUUGUUAGUGCAUAAUAUUGAUGGAGUAAUGCUCCGCUCCAAUAAGGCCCAAGAUACUCUCUCGAUUUUAGCUAGCAUUCCAAAUCUUUCACUCAUUGCUUCCGUCGAUCACAUUAAUACACCCCUCAUAUGGGACAACGUAAAGCAUUCACGGUAUAAUUUCUGUUGGUGGGAUGUAACAACAAUGUUGCCAUAUGAUGCAGAGACGUCUUUUGAGAGCUCGAUUAUGGUACAGAAGAGUGGAGCGCUCGCCCUCUCCUCUCUACUCAAUGUUUUUCUCUCCCUGACUUCGAACGCACGUGCUAUUUAUGUGCUUCUCAUUAAACAUCAACUAGAACACGCAACUAGCGACACUUAUCCUGGUAUGCUAUUGAAGGAUCUCUACUCGAACGCACGUGAGGCUUUCCUUGUUAGUUCAGACACAGCUCUCAGGGCUCAAUUAACUGAGUUCAUAGAUCACAAACUAGUGCGUUCCAAGCGGAAUUAUGAUGGUGCAGAGUAUCUCAGUAUCCCGCUGGAUAAUACAUUACUAAAACAAUUCCUUGAUCAGCAAGAAACUGCGUAACGAAUUUGGCUGCUACGUGAGCUCGGAACCGAUCAAGGGAUCGCCAAUUUUCGUCUUAUGUUUCGGUUGGCCGGCCUGCACCGCAGACAAGAACAUCGCCGCGGGAAGAUUUGGCCGACCAAUGAUACUGAAUUGUUUGGCGCAUGCGCGGUUGAUCUUCAAAUUUCAAGAGAUCAUCCCGCGUAUAAAAUCGACGGAAGAAGAUUAUUGGAUUGAAGACAAGGUGAUAAAAA